GCCGCAGAGGCUCUGAGCGGCUUCGCGGCCGCCGAGCACCUCGCGGCCGCGGCACAGCAGCUCCGCGAGGCCCCGAAUGCCGACUUCACGCUGCACGGGCUGCGGUCCUUGGUGGUGCUGGCUGCUGGAGGAGCCCAGCGCGCGCGUGAGGAGAUGGCUCCGCGGAUCAAGACGGCAGAGGAUCAGCGGAAGCACGUGGAAAUCCAGAUGCAGGAGGUCGCUUCUGCGUCCCGCAGUGUGGCUGCCUCUUCUCGGCUGCUGCUGGAGCGGAUGCAGGACAUUGGGAGGCAGGCGGCUGCCGGCAAGCGAGUGGUCUGCACUUUGGCAAAGCCCAGGAAACAGCCGGACCGCUGUGGGGACGAGGCCGUCGGCUGCGUGGUUUGGGGUGGCACGUUGGCGUGCCUGAACGCCGAAUUGGCAAAGGCGGAGCACUGCCUUGCCGCCUGGCAGUUGCUCAUCGGCGAUGCCACGCCCUGCAAUCCUCGCGUCUCUGCCUGGCUUGGGGAUUCCCGGCCCAGCCCCACCAUUGCGCAGAUCCCCGUCGGCCGUUCCGGCAGCAAGCGGACUGCAAGCCCUGUGGAACUGCCGCCGAAUGUCACAGCAUCACCACCGAUACAAGUGCCGUUGGCUCCACACUUGUCUGCCGAGAAGAGGGAUGAUGUCCUAGAUCUGCGCUUCAGGAGAAGUGAAGACCUCCUCGAUGCCAGGAUCGAUUCCGAUCGACCUUCCUUGCUGCCGCCACCGACAAAGGAUGCGAUCGCGGCAGUGCUGCGUGGCCAAAACUUGUGC